CGAGGAGAGCCGCAGAGCGGGGCGCGGGGUUCCGCCGACACGCAUGCGUCGAGCUCUUUUACCGAGACGAUCAGACGAUCCCUCCCUCUCAGUUGACUCACAGGCGUCGCGCGAGCACACCGUGCCGUCAUGUACCGUUUGCCAACUUUCUCGAGUAGUGAUGUGAUACGAUACCGACGUUCAAACGCGACUUAUCAUUAGGUAUUAUUGAAUUUUAUUAUCCUUAUGUUUAAUUUUGACAGAAGUUAAUCGUGUGGAUUUAAGUGAAAGAAAUGUUACAGUGACUUAAAAACAAUUGGAUUUAAAAACAAAAUGAGGUGGUUUAUAGUGACAAUGAGCGUGAUGGUGUGGGAAACAAUUUUAGCCGGUAUCGCACCCCCUGGCUCUUGUCCCGCGGUGUGUGCGUGUAAGUGGAAAGGAGGCAAGCAGACUGUGGAGUGUGUGGACAGAGCUCUUAUAACAGUGCCCGAACCAGUAGACCCUGCCACGCAAGUAUUGGACCUCUCUGGAAAUAAUCUUCAAAUCCUUCCUCAGGAAGCUUUUGCCAAAACAGGGCUGCUCAACUUACAGAGAGUUUAUUUACGCAAUUGUAAUAUUGGCCAAAUACAUGAUAGAGCUUUUAAAGGCUUAACCAAUUUAGUUGAAUUAGAUCUAUCCUAUAAUUUACUUACUGAGAUCCCUUCAAAUAGCUUCAAGGAUGCUCCUUUUCUUAGGGACCUUACACUGUCCCAAAAUCCAGUAUUAAAAGUUCAUACGGACGCUUUGAGCAAUCUUGGCAGCGUUGUCAAACUUGAUCUAUCCAAAUGCGAUAUCAGAGAAAUAGCUCCAGAAGCAUUCAGAACGUUGCGCUCGCUGGAAUCUUUAAAAUUAAACCACAACAAGUUACGUGACAUACCUUUGAGUUCAUUAGAGAAGAUUGAGAAACUGCGAGCUAUAGACUUAUCGGACAAUCCGUGGACUUGUGAUUGCCGGCUACGAGAUCUCAAAUUAUGGUUGGCAAAACAUAAAUUGCUUUCAACUCCCAGCUGCUAUGCGCCGACACGUCUAGCAAAUCGACCAUUUUCAGAGUUACCUAUAGAAGAGUUUGCGUGUAAACCAGAAAUAUUACCAGCGAGCAGGCAUGUCGAGGCAGCAGUAGGUUCCAAUGCUACUAUUACGUGCCGGACUGAAGCCGUGCCGAGCGCCAAUAUUAACUGGUACUGGAAUGGUCGAUUGCUUCAGAAUGGAAGUCACUUUAACUCUCACCAAAAAAUUUUUAUUUUUGAAGAAGGUGAAUCUACAAAGAAGUCAUCCUUGAUAUUAACGAAUACUCAAGAAACAGAUUCUAGCGAGUUUUACUGUGUGGCCGAAAAUAAAGCCGGGAAUGCAGAAGCUAACUUUACUGUGCACGUCACACAGCUAGCAGCUGGGAUGGCUUCCUUAGGGAGUGCACAGAUAGCAAGCCUAGGAGCAGCUUUAUUCCUAGUCGUAGUUGUUGUUUCUUUGGCUUUGCUUAUUACUUUUGUCCGGUUUCGUCCAACGCCGGCUUGUGAGAGUAAAACACCAAAUACGAUAGACAGGGUAGUAUCAGGAAAUGAAGUACACCCAACGUCGACAGAUCGACCUCACGUUGCAGUUUUGGCUAAUAGACAAGACUCACCAAAUUACAAUGAUUCAAAAUGUAAUCCGGUUCUCAAACCACCGAGAGCAAAUGAUAUACCUUACACCACGAAUCACUACGAGGGUAGAGGAAGCGUCGUGACUGCCGGUGGACCCAUAGUUGUAUCGCCAACAGUUUCUGGCACUAUUGACCCCGAUCUUAUCAACGAUACGAGGCCGGAUAGCGCUGCUAGACCAGGAAGCGGCGAGUACGCCCGCGAGACCUCAGAAUCAUUAUAUCCAUCCGGCCUUUGGGAUCAAAUGAAAAUGACUCAGGCCAGUAAUUUGGCUCGUGCGGUCAGUACGGCAAUUCCCACGUACUAUAACGAUAGAACACCUAUAAUAGAGAAUUGCAGCGUGGAUGGGUCGCAGGAGGAGCUGGGCUACAUGAGCCGCACGUUCCCGCGGACGCACGCGGUGCCGGCGCCGAGCGGGCCGGUGGCGGGCGACGCGCCGUACCCGCCCGACUACGGGCUGCCGGUGGGCGGCGCGCGCACGCUCCGCGUGUGGCAGCGGGCGCCGCCGGUGCUGCCGCCGGUGGCCGCGCUCAAGCGCGUGCUCACCAUCACCAGGCCCUCGGCAGAGGACCACUUUCAGGAUGGCUGUGCUACUGAUGUUUAAUCUGAUAAAAGAACGUAUUGUUUACAUAUCUAGAUGACAUGUCAGAAUUGUAAAUUUGUAUCCUAAGCUAGAAAUCAUCUUAUACGUAAGGUAUGUGUAAUUUAUACUUAAACAGGUUGUUAGUGUAAUAUUUUUUGUAUCAUAUAAUUUAUUUAGAUAAUUAAUGGAAAGUUACAUUGGAUCCAAAUGCGAUGGGUCCGCGACUGAUUAGUUGAAGAAUGUAAGUGUAAAUUAUUACGUGAUAUGGAAUGGUAUCGUCUAUGAUCGCCAAAUAAUUAAAAUACUGAAUAUAAAUAUAUCUUGAUUGUUGAAACUCAAAUAAGAUGUUACAUGAAUAUUAAUAAUAACUAUACCUACAGUGUAAGACAUACACGACCUACCCAAAGAUAAUGAACUCCCCCUGAAAAGUAAUAUAAAAGAAAAUAUAUUGCGAAUAUUGUAAUUCACGAUGAAUGUUAAUCAUGUACGAUAAUGAAUGUGUAAAUUUUAUGUUGAAAAGGAAUAAGAGUUUUAGCAGUAAAAUGGAAAAAAUAAAUCAGGCGAUUGUAAAAUGUA